GUGGGUCCCUCACCAUCUCCAAUCCCUUUGUCCCUCUUCUUACUCUCUUUUCGUUCCUCUUCUUUCUGCAGAGCAGGCCCCAGGCGUUGAUCGUCUUCGCAUUUUUCUUAUUACGCUCUUUUAGCUGCUAGUCGGCCCUUUACGCUCUCCGGGAGAGUUCACUUCAACACAUUCUUCGUCACUUCGAUUCAAAACUACCAAAAACCAAUUUAUCAUUUAGAAAAUCUACAAACAUGGUUUCAAAGAAAUUGUUAGGAGCUUGGGUAUUUUUCGACAUCUUCCUCUUAGCCGCUGGAAUCCUUUCCCUCGUGUUGUCCAUCGUCUGGCGUGCCCCGAACCUCCUGUUGAACCUGACUUUCAGUUCAACUGACUUGAACAGUGGCACGCUUUUGGGAGUUUUGUUUUUAGUCACUUUUAUGAUCUCAAUCGCCGCUAUCGUACAACGAAAUCAUGUUACAAUAGGUCUCGUCAUACUCAACUGGGUCCUCCUAAUCAACGGAAUCGCAGUUCUCGUCAUCGGCACUUACAUCUGGACCUAUACGUUGCAUGAGCGGAAUAACUAUCACACAGUAUUUGGGAGACAGAGUGACGCGAUUAAGAUUGAGAUUCAAGACACUUUGAAGUGCUGCGGCUACUUCAGCGCAACAGACGAAGUCGCACUGGGUGGAACAUUCUGUCCAACUGCUGCUGCAGCUGCAGCUGCGAAUAGCUUCUGUGUGACCCCAAUCACGAAGUUUGCCGACAUGACGUUGAAUAAUGUCUUCAGCACUAUCUAUGGUUUCAUGGCAAUUGUUAUCUGCUUGUUCCUCGCUACUAUGUGUGUAAUAAAGAAGAGACAAGAAAUCGAGCGUUUUAAGAAAAUCGACGCCAAGCGCGGCGGCAAAGGUUUCGUCUGAGGCGACCUUGACUCCAAUAUCCUUUCCAACACCCAUCGCCGCUAUAGCCUGCGGCAGGUCUUCGUUCUUUUGGGAGAAUGGUACAAGUCGCGCAUUUUCUCGACUUUUAAGGUCUGGAGGCUUGCAUUAUCUGCAUUAUUAGCGCUAGACGCUGCCAUCUUUUUGUUUUUGUUUUUAAUGGACAUGCUGUAUCAACUAUUUCGCUUUCGAAUACAAAGGGCAUUGGGGAUUAUCAGGGCAUUAGGAAAGAGCUUUCUUGCAAUUUGGUGUUACAGUAGCAUGUGAAUUUAAUGCUUGAGCUU